AAUCUAUUUUGUGGGCAUAAUGAAUCGUAGGAAAUUAUUUUGAUACAUAGAAAUUAUUUUGUUGGCAUUAUGAAUAUGAUAUUAUUUUGAUGAAUCGAAAUUAUUUUGUCGUAUGUGACCGAAAUUAUUUUUAAGCGUAUGAUUUUUAAAUAUCAACAGAAAUUAAAUAUUUGAAGAAUGCUUUAUUCAAUUCUGUGGAUAAUCUUGUCCAUUUUGUGGAAUGUCUCAUUGGGACAUAGAGACAUAGGCUGCCCGACAGAAGAAUCCAUAGCUCCCCAAUGCAUUUGCAAGAACUUGGGCAAUGGUCCAAUGAUGCUGUGCAGUAAUGUUAUGAAUGCCCAGGAAUUAAUUGCACCAAUCAAAGCAACGGAUUCUUUAGACAUGUUCUCAUUGGGAAUCAUUGAUUCCACCCUGAUGUACAUUCCAAGUAAACUUUUCAUUGACACAAACUAUGCAAAGAUUCGGUUUGCAAAUUCUCAACUAAUGGCACUGUCUGACGCAGAUUUGGCUUUCGAAGGUCUAGAAGACACAUUGGAAGAAAUUCGUGCUUCAGGUGCAAACUACAUUACCACGUGGGAUUGGUCGCAGUUGCGCAACCAUCGGAAACUCCAUCUAAUUGACAUCUAUAUGAUAUCCAUGUACUCUCUUGAUCAGAAACUGCCUUCAUGGCCCAAUCUACGACAUUUCGGCCUCGGUCAAGCAGAAAUAUCUUUCAUCCACCCUGAAGCAUUCAGAGAGUUGAAAAGUCUGGUCAACAUAAACUUAGAUCACAAUGAAAUCACAGAAAUGGAACGAACAAUGUUUCCAGACCUGGCUGAAGAUCUUUAUCACAUAGAUUUAAGUCGGAAUUUACUAGAAGUUUUGCCUGUUGACAUGUUCAAGAACAUGCCUAGUUUGAAGGAAGUGUACUUAAGAGAUAAUAAAUUUACCACCUUGAAUGAAGACACGUAUUUGUGGCCUUUAGAAAAUCUGCAAACCUUCGAUGUGUCAGGUAACGAAUUCCGCUGUGACUGCCGGUUAGAAUGGAUGGUGAAAAAAAAGAAACCGUUAUGGUUUAUGGGCAACUGCACUGUACCCAUGCCUCUAAAAGACGUUCCACUGAGAAAUUUAAAUCCAAAAAAUUUGUACUGCUGACGUUGAUUUUGCAGGAAAAUAAAAUUGUUGUCAACCUCUUGAA